ACGGAGGCCCAUGGGAGCCCGAGGGGGUGCUGGAGACCUAGAGGAAGCAACAUCGGUGUGUGGGCAGCUGUCAGUCGGUCAGCCCAGCCCCAGGACAGAUGCCAAGGAAGGACCCAGGGUGGGAGAUGGCUCCCUGGCCUCUCCCAGGGGCUGGGGUAGGGGUGAGUCAGCGCUACUUAGAGGGAGAUAGACCGGCCCCUUUGGUAAACAGACAAUGGCAGUGCCCUCCUGAGAGCAGAGCCCGGCUUUCAACCUGGGCAGAUUCCUGAAAACCCGCGACUCGUUGGGGUUAGGAAAGGAGUUAAUUGCAGUUUGAAGGGAGGCAGAGCAGGCACCCCAUGGCUGACACCUACUAAACUCAACACUGGGCCUGGAGGGCCUCCAUCCAGCUGACAGCUUCCCCCCCCACACCUGGGCCAUGGGCCAACUACUCAGCCCCGGGCAAAGUCCACAGGUGCACCUUCCCCUGUGGUCGGAAGAGGUGCCCAUUCCCCCACCAAUACCUGUAUUCAAGCCCUGGCUUUGCCCCUCCCCCCUCCAUUUCCAGAUGCCAGCCUUCUUGUCUUUGGGGCUCAGUUUCCCCCCUUGUUACAAAGACCUGGCUUCACCGGGAGGCCGUGCCGAUUAAACAGCAGUCAUGGUUCCUGAAUUCUACUGAUUACCAGACACUGCCUUCUGCCAUUGUGUCCUAAGACCCUCCCCCUGCAUGUGACCACCCUGAACUCAGUGCAGAAGCACCAGCCAGCACAGAAUAGGUACUCAGCAAACGGGGAAUCAAUAAACCCAGUUAUAACCAGCUACCCUCUCCAACUAGGGACACCGUCAGACGUCCUCAUUCUCCAGGUGGGAACAUGAGGGAUAGACCACGGGAUGUGCCCAGAGCCACCUGGCCCCCAAGUGACAGCUCACACACUGCCAUCGAGCCGAUUCCGACUCACAGCAGCCCCGUAAGACAGAGUAGAACUGCCCCUGUGGGUUUCGGAGACUAACUCUUUACCUGGAGUGGAAAGCCUUGCCUUUCUGCCAAGGGGCAGUUGAGUGGGCUCCAACCUCUGACCCUGCGGUUACAGCUCAGUGAGUACCCUACGAUGCCACCAGAGCACCUUCUCCAAGUGGCAGAGUUGGGAUUUGAACCCAGGCCCGGUGUAUGCCUUGAAGCCAUUGUGCUUGUUAGAUGCGGUCGAGUUGGUUCUGAAGGAAGCCCCCCCUGGGCCUGGGCCGCCCUUGUCCUUAUGUCUGAGCCCACUGCUGCAGCCAUGGUGUCCGUCCAUCUUCUCAUGGCUGCCCUUCUCUUUUACCAAGCACGAAGUCCUCCAGGGACUGAUCUCUCCUGGUUGUAUGUCCAGAGAGUGUGCGACGAAGUCUCGCCAUCCUCGCUUCUAAGGAGCAGGGCACCGGUGUCCCCUCACCUGAGACAUUAGGGCUCCCCUGUGGGAGGCUCCCUGCCAAGAUGGCGUCAGCCGCAGAGCCGCCCGCAGGCCCUCGGGACGCGGCAGACCAGAACUUCGACUACAUGUUCAAGCUGCUGCUGAUCGGGAACAGCAGCGUGGGCAAGACGUCCUUCCUGUUCCGCUACGCCGAUGACUCCUUCACGCCCGCCUUCGUCAGCACCGUGGGCAUCGACUUCAAGGUCAAGACCGUCUACCGUCAUGACAAGAGGAUCAAGCUGCAGAUCUGGGACACGGCUGGCCAGGAGCGCUACCGCACCAUCACCACUGCCUACUACCGCGGAGCCAUGGGCUUCCUGCUCAUGUACGAUGUCGCCAACCAGGAGUCCUUUGCCGCCGUGCAGGACUGGUCCACCCAGAUCAAGACUUACUCCUGGGACAAUGCCCAGGUCAUCCUCGUGGGGAACAAGUGUGACCUCGAAGACGAGCGUGUGGUGUCCACCGAGGAUGGCCGGAGGCUCGCUGACGACCUUGGGUUCGAGUUCUUCGAGGCCAGCGCCAAGGAGAACGUCAACGUGAAGCAGGUCUUCGAGCGCCUCGUGGACGUCAUCUGCGAGAAGAUGAACGAGGCCCUGGAGCCCGGCUCCGGCCAGGGCAGCAACGGGAAAGGACCGGCCCCGGGGGACGCGCCAGCCCCCCAGCCCAGCGGCUGCAGCUGCUAGAGAUAACCCCACCCACCCACCCCAGCUGUCCCCCUGCUGCCUUGGCGGGGGCUUUGACUGUGACUCGGGUCACAAGGGCUGUCCCCAAGCCCAGGGCGCCCCUCCACUCCCGUCAGCUGCCCCACCGCCCUGCAUGGUCACCCCUUGUCAAGGCCGCCUGCCUGCCCAAGCAGCCCCUCGCCCCCCCAUCAGAGCCGCAGACCCUGGGACUCUGCCCUGCAGGCCGAGCCUGGGGGUGACCAUGUGCACAAGCUUGCUGGCUCUGGAGCAUGGCAGCUGGGUGACUGGGUAGCAGAGGCGUCCACUGGGUGGAGCGGCGGCCGCAGUGUCUUCUGGGUUAGAAACAUUUUCCGAGGCUCACACGGUGCUGAGUGAGCUUCAAGGGGGUCCCUCUUUGCCCACCUAGGAGUGGGUGUGGAAGACAGUCCCUCAGCUUUCUCAGGGCGCCCUGGCCUGGGCCCCAACCACCACCUCAGCUCCCCAGGCUCAGGGCAUGGUGGUGACCUGGCCUCCACCGACCUCUCCCUCUGGCCUGCAGCCCCUCUGCAGAGAAAGCCGCAUGCCAACCGCUUUGCCUGGUGGAAAGGGACCAGAGUCAGCUACGCCCUUCACUUCAGGAACCCCAGAAGUGCCUUUCUGAGCUUCCCCAUAGGCCCCGGCCCCCACGGCCCUGGCAUUGUCUCUGCUCCUACUGGUGUGGAUUCACAGGGCCCUGGGGCAGCUUGCAGGCCUGGCAGAGAGGCCCCAGCUCCCCACACUCCUGGCAGGGGCCCCUUGCCAGGAGAUGCCAACAGCCAGGAGACUGGGCCGCCUGCCCAGGCCUGCCUUCCUCCCUCCCCAGGUCCCUCCUGGCUGGGCCGGUUUGAGGCAAGGUCUUUCCAAAUCUCACAUCCUGCCAGAACCGGAGAUUGAGCAAUGUUACCGCGGCUUGCCCUUACUGGAGACUGAUGCAAGGACAUGGGCUUCUCCCACUGGAGGACCCUUGAAGAUCUAGUGCCCAUGCCCUGCCAUCAACAGGGCCCCGCGAAGGGAUGUUUGGUGUGCAUGGUGGGGCCACGUCGCAAGGCCGUGCUGAGGAUGAGGCCCAGCCAGAGGGACGAGGAGGGCGUUGAUAGCCCUGGCACUCCAUGGAUGCAGCUCUGGAGGGUCAGGAGCCCUGUACCCAUGGGGGUUGGGCAAUGAGUGACCCUGGUUUGGGGGAAUUCAUGAGGGGGCCCCAGCUGUCAACCAGAGUCAGAGGUUAGGCGUAGUUUGGGGGGGGGGUGUCUAUGUCUUGACCCCCAGCUCAGCCGUCUGUCUUUGUGUUCCCACUUCCCUGACGUCCACUCCCAGGUGGUGGCCAUUUUCCCAGCCACAGUAGCCAAUAUGGCUCCCUCCGGGUGGUGGCUUCAAAGAGCUCAAGCCACCACCUCUUGCUUGGUGGGGAAGGCCAAGUUCAACAUAGCUCUUGCCCGAUGGAAGAGUCCCUCAGGGACCGCCCUCUAGUCCAUUCUGGCUCUUAAUGACCCUACGGGGCAGGGUAGGACUCCCCCUGUGGGUUUCUGAAACAGCCACUCCUGGUGGCCAUGGACAACCUCGUCUUUCUGCGGAAUGGCUGGUUUAUUCAAACUCUGACUUUGGGGUUUGCCGUCCAAAGCGUGACCCACUGUGCCACCGGGGCUCCCUGGGUGGUGCAAAUUGUGACUGUGCCUCGUUGCUAACUAAGAGGCCGGAGGUCCACCCGGAGGCACCAUGCGGAAAAGGGCCUGGCUUUCUGCUUCUGAGAGACAUGCUACUGAUGACCGCGGAGCUCAGCCGUAUCAGGACACACGGGGCUGCCUGACCCAAUGGCAACUGGUUCAAGAGGUGGUUUGGAUUUGUUUGGUUUUUUUGCCUUUGUAUCAUCUCCACUGUCAGUGAAGGAGCCACCGUGACACAAGGAGCCAAGUGCCAAUCGCCAAGUUCAGCUGCACCAACCGCUGCUCUACGGGAGCAAGAUGAGUCUGCCUGCUCCCAGAAAGAUGGGCAUGCCCCAACCCUGUGGAGCAGUUCUCUGUCCCACGGGAUCUCUCGAGUCAGAAUCCUGGUUGGUUUUGGGGGGUGGCUUUGAGCUGCCAUCAAGCUGGCUCGAUGGUGACCCACACACCUGCUGACAGGAAGCACCUUCCACAUGCUCCGUGGUCCAUCCGACUGAUGUCAUGUGUAGCGUCUUUGUUGGGUUUUUUUUCCCACCCUUUAUUCCUCGUCCGACUCUCCCUACUCUCAGGAACGCUGCGGAAACCUGUUCAGCAAUAUAGCAACCCACAGCCCCCACUGCCAGGCGGGCUGUGCCGUGCAUUGCAGUACACCAGGCGAAGCUGGAACUCGGUCUUCCAAAUGGAAGGGGGAGAGGCUCUAGGUCAAAUUGUUUCUAGUGGACCCCACUCGCCCUUUGUACUCGAAUUCAAUGAAUGACCUGGAAAACUCAAAGUGAGGGUAUCGGAACAGCUAGGGAAGCAACCACAACUUUUAGUUGCUAAAGCAUGAAAACCAAAGUAGGCUUAAAACAAAAAAGGCUUCCUGAGAUACAGCGUGGCUUGGCAAGAUUCUAUCUGCCAGUCUUUUCCCUAAGUUGCUUCCAGGAAAAAGAGAGAACUUUUUUUUACACGGGGCUAUGUGUAUGCCUGUGUGAUGAAAACCAGCUUUGGCUGCUGCUUGUAUCUGGCCUAGCCUAAGAUGGUUGUUUACAAGACUUUAAGACCAACAUUUCUCCUAAAAGUAAUACAAGUUUUUGUUUUCUGGGAGGGAGGAGGGAGGGGUGGGGAGUUCUUCCUAAAGGUGGUUUCAGAGGAUCUGAGACUGAUGUCCCGGCAGAUCCCUGGGAGGAUGGAACCUCACAGUUUACAGACGGGAAGCAACCCCAAGACCACGUGACCCAACCUGCCCAACUCUGGGGGGCUGGGUAGGUAGCUGCCUGACGCCCUCCUGAUCGCUCUGGUUGAGCGUCAUCCCCAGGCAGGUCGGGUGGGCAUUGGCCACUGCCGUGGUGGUUCAGGCUCCACCAUUUUUCUCUUGGGCUUCUCCCAGAUCACAGUUUUACUCCAUUUAGAAACAGCUGACGUUUGGUCUGAAUGUCAAGGUGCUCAUCUGCUUCUGUUUACUCCUUGGCCAGCCCUGAAACACACUGUGCACGGAGCCAGGGGGCGGUCUGGUAACCCUUCCGGUGUCCACCGUUCCCCCCUGCCCCGUUCGCAGAGUCAUACACUUUGCUGAGAGAAAUGAAAGCUGUCGGACUGAA